AUGAAAUUAUUAGGUCUUUGCGGAUAUCUUCAAAAUGCCAAAAAGCUUAAAGGCCAAACAAAUGCUCUCAUGAAGCAUCUCAAGAAAGUUGGUGUUGAAGUUGUUUUCAUUGACCCACCAUACGUUGUUCCAGAAACUCCUGACUUAAGAAGCUGGGUUGAGAAUGAUUCACUUGAAGAAUCUUAUAAGACAAUCCAAGCCGCUAAAGCUGAGCAUCCUGACGCUGUUGGAAUUUUUGGAUUUUCAAUGGGUUCAAUGUUUGCACUUCACCUAGCCGCACAUGCAGCUACACACGAAGACUCUCCAUACAAAUGGAUUAAAAUCAUCUUCUGUGCAUCAGCUCCUUGGCCAAAGGAAGGAAAUCCACUUGGAGGCUGCUUCCCAUGCACAGUUGAUAUUCCAGUCCUAUUUGUUAUCGGACUUACAGAUCAAAUCGCUCCACCAGAUUCUCAAAGAACAUAUCUUCAAUACUUUACAAACAAAACUAUUUACGAGCAUGAAGGCGGGCAUUUCAUCCCAUCUGCACGUGAUAAAAUCGAACCAUACAUCAAGUUCUUUGAAGAACAUAAGAUUGAAUAA